AUGCUUUCUCUCCACUUCUCUCUUCCCUCUUCCCUUCUUUAUUUAUUUAUUUUUCCUUUCUUCUUUCUUUCUUUCUUUCAUUUUCUCACUGAAAACAUUCUGGCUAUCUAUCUAUCUAUCUAUCUAUCUAUCUAUCUAUCUAUCUCUAAACUUCCCGUUCUUUUUCUCUCACACAUCUCUUCCCAAUCCCCGGCACCGUUCACUGUCUUACUAUCGACAUUUCGGUAUUUUUUAAAUGAGUCGACGUGUACAAUCAUUCAUUUAGUUUGUUGUUUCUUUUUUUUCUUUUCUUUUCUUUUAUCUUUUUUUUUAUUUUACUUCUUCCCGUGCCGCUAUUAUUUCUUUGGUUCCCUAUUGUCCUUCUCUGAAUUAACUAAUGAACCAUUCCGACAUCGAUUCAUGCCCGACCCAUCAGCGUUCGCUUUACCUAUCUCUCCCCACCUCUCUCUCUCUCUCUCUCUCUCUCUCUGCCGUUUUGUUAUCUCUUCUCGACAGCAAAUUAUAUUUCCACUUCUUCAGCUUUUUUCCUCUUUUUCAUUUCGUAUCACAGACAUUCACCCAGGAUUACAUUUGCAAUCGCUUCACUCGACGAAAAUAAUACGAUUUUUUUAA